CCCCCAUAAGGCUGUGAGCUCGUUUCUAGCCAGCUAACGCAAACAAACCAGGCAGAGGCUCAGGGUUGAAGUGUGUGUUUUUGUGGAUAUUUUUCGACUUUUACGCCCUCCUGGCAUUCUGCUGCAAAAUUCGCUUUUCUUGUAGAGGCCCUCUCAUUUCUUCUUUGGUACGCAAACAACAAAACAAAACUGAAGUUGCUUUGGUGAAGCCCCGUUUUCCCCAUCCCCUCCUAUUAUUCUUAUUCUUUUGAGUAUUCUUCAUUGUCAAGCCGCCAAAGUGGAGAGUGUGAUUGCAGAAGGGGGUGCUUCUCGUUUCAGUGCUUCUUCGGGGGGAGGAGGUGGUAGGGGUGCACCUCAGCACUAUCCCAAGACUGUCGGCAACAGCGAGUUCCUGGGGAAAACCCCAGGGCAAAGCGUUCAGAGAUGGGUUCCUUCACGAAGCACUAGACGAGAUGCCAACUCCAGCAACGAAAAAGAGCGACACGAUGCAAUCUUCAGGAAAGUGAGGGGCAUACUCAACAAACUCACGCCUGAGAAGUUUGACAAGCUAUGCCUUGAGCUCCUGAAUGUGGGCGUAGAUUCAAAACUCGUCCUUAAAGGAAUCAUCUUGCUGAUUGUAGACAAAGCCCUAGAAGAGCCGAAAUAUAGCUCACUCUAUGCUCAGCUAUGUCUGCGCUUGGCAGAGGACGCUCCAAACUUUGAUGGCCCUUCAUCUGAGAUCCAAACAUCCCAAAAGCAGAGCACAACCUUCAGAAGACUGCUGAUUUCCAAGCUUCAAGAUGAAUUUGAAAAUCGCACCAGAAAUGUUGAAAUUUAUGACAAACAUGACAACCCUCUCACUUCUGAGGAGGAGGAGCAGCGUGCCAUCGCCAAGAUCAAGAUGCUUGGCAACAUUAAAUUCAUCGGGGAACUUGGCAAACUUGACCUCAUCCAUGAAUCUAUCCUUCAUAAGUGCAUCAAAACACUUCUGGAAAAGAAGAAGAGAGUCCAGCUCAAGGAUAUGGGAGAGGAUCUGGAAUGCCUCUGUCAGAUAAUGAGAACAGUGGGGCCGAGACUCGACCAUGAGAAAGCAAAGUCUUUAAUGGAUCAGUACUUUGGCCGUAUGCGAUCCUUAAUGAACAACAAGGAGCUGCCUGCCAGGAUCCGCUUCCUGCUGCAAGAUACAGUGGAGCUGCGUGAAAACAACUGGGUCCCCCGCAAGGCCUUCAUCGACAACGGACCAAAGACAAUUAACCAGAUCCGUCAGGACGCAGUGAAGGAUUUGGGUGUUUUCAUCCCAGCACCCAUGUCUCAGGGGAUGAGGAUGGACUUCUUCCUGGAAAGCCCUUUCAUGCCCAACAGAAUGAAACUGGACAGGGAGACUCUUGGGGGAUUGGCUGACAUGUUUGGACAGAUGCCAGGCAGCGGGAUCGGAACCGGACCGGGUGUUAUUCAGGACAGGUACUCGCCCACUAUGGGACGCCAUCGCACCAACCCACUCUUCAACGGCCACAGCGGCCACAUCGCGCCUCCUCAGCAGUCGCAGUUUGACAUGGGAACCAAGUCUUUCGUUAAGUCCAACCAGAUCAGCCUCCGGCCGGCUCAGUCAUUCCUCCUCAACAAGAACCAGGUGCCCAAGCUUCAACCUCAGAUCCCCACUAUGAUGCCUCCCAGUGCUCAGCCCCCCCGCACCCAGUCCCCUCCACUAGGACAGCCUCCACAGCUUGGCCUGAAGACCAACCCUCCACCCAUCCAGGAGAAACCCCAGAAGACCAACAAAAAGCCGCCUCCUGCCAAAGAGGAGCUUCUGAAAACCACAGAGGCCAUCAUGACUGAGUACUUGAACACAAAGAACCUGACUGAAGCCGUGGGCGGCGUGCGGGAGAUGAAAGCGCCAAAGCACUUCCUGCCAGAGAUGCUCAGUAAGAUCAUCGUGUGCUCCCUGGACCGGCCCGACGAAGACAAGGAGCACGCCAGCACUUUGAUCCACGCCCUGCGCGCCGACGGCCUCAUCACCGGAGAAAACUUCAUGCAGGCUUUCCUCAACGUCCUGGACCUGUGCCCGAAGAUCGAGCUGGACGUGCCUCUGGUGAAGUCCUACCUGGCCCAGUUUGCGGCUCGGGCCAUCAUGGCGGAGCUGGUGAGCGUGGCGGAGCUGGCCCACCCGCUGGAGAAUGGCACCCACUUCCCGCUCUUCCUGCUCUGCCUGCAGCAGACGGCCAAGCUGAAGGACCGCGAGUGGCUCACCGAGCUCUUCCAGCAGAGCAAGGUCAACAUGCAGAAGAUGCUUCCAGAAAUCGAUCAGAACAAGGACCGCAUGCUGGAGGUUCUGGAGGGGAAGGGGCUGAGCUUCCUGUUCCCACUGCUGAAGCUAGAGAAGGAGCUGCUGAAGCAGAUCAAGGCCGACCCAUCGCCACAGUCCAUCUACAAGUGGAUUAAAGACAACAUCUCACCCAGGCUGCACACUGACAAAGGCUUCGUCAACAUCCUCAUGACAAGUUUCCUCCAGUACAUCGCCCAGGAGCUGUGCAUGGCGGAGGGUGACGACCAGCUGGCAGCCCCUUCCAAGGAGCAUCUGGAGCAGGAGAAGCAGCUGCUGCUGGCCUUCAAACCCGUCAUGCAGAAGUUCCUGCACGACCACACUGAGCUGCAGGUCAGCGCCCUCUACGCGCUGCAGGUUCAUUGCAAUGCCAGCAGCUUCCCUAAAGGUAUGCUGCUGCGCUACUUUGUCAACUUCUAUGACAUGGAGAUCAUCGAAGAAGAAGCCUUCCUAGCAUGGAAAGAAGACAUCACCCAAGAAUUCCCUGGAAAAGGAAAAGCUUUAUUCCAGGUGAACCAGUGGCUGACUUGGCUGGAGACAGCUGAGGAAGAGGAGUCUGAGGAAGAAGCAGACUGAGAAACAGCAGAAGCAUCAUGACCUAGAUUCACCAUUUUGUUGUUCUCACCCACACUUUUGUUAUUUUAACACCACGCUUUAUUUAACCACUACCACACGGCACCGAGCUGCUUCCGUCAAUCUAAACCCAAAGCUUGUUAACAUGUUGGGCUGAGAAGCGACGUUUGACCUGUUGCCUAAUGUGGAU